UAACGGCAAUGGCUCCCCACGGCGCUGCGGAGGAAGAAUAUGUCAGCGGGGCUCAGCUAAUCGCCGAGGCCCUAAAGACACAAAACAUUGAAUAUAUGUUUGGUAUUGUUGGUAUUCCAGUGACUGAAAUUGCAAUCGCAGCCCAAGCAAUUGGAAUAAAAUAUAUAGGAAUGAGAAAUGAACAAGCUGCUUGUUAUGCUGCCUCUGCUGUUGGGUACCUGACAGGAAAACCAGGAAUAUGUCUUGUGGUUUCUGGUCCAGGUCUCAUACAUGCUCUGGGUGGGAUGGCAAAUGCGAACAUGAAUUGCUGGCCUUUGAUUGUUAUUGGAGGUUCCUCUGACCGGAAUCAGGAAAUCAUGGGAGCUUUCCAAGAAUUCCCACAGGUUGAAGCUUGUAGGCUGUACAGCAAACUUUCUGUCAGACCCAGCAGCCUAGAAGCUAUUCCUGCUGUUAUUGAAAAGGCAGUGAGGUGCAGUAUCUAUGGUCGCCCAGGUGCCUGUUAUGUUGACAUGCCAGGAGACUUUGUAACUCUACAGGUGAACAAGAGCUCUGUCAAAUAUGUUAAGUGCUGUUUGCCACCCCCUGUCUGCACAGCUGAACACUCUGCUGUAUCUGAAGCAGCAUCUAUCCUUGCAAAUUCCAGACAGCCUCUCCUAAUCAUUGGCAAAGGGGCUGCUUAUUCACGUGCUGAAAACAGCAUCAGAAAGUUGGUGGACCAGUGUGGGCUACCAUUUUUGCCUACCCCAAUGGGAAAAGGAGUUGUUCCUGACAACCAUCCAAACUGUGUAGCUGCAGCCAGAUCCAGGGCAUUGCAACAUGCUGAUGUAAUAAUACUGUUUGGUGCAAGGUUGAACUGGAUUUUGCACUUUGGACUUCCACCAAGAUUUCGACCUGAUGUAAAGAUUAUCCAAGUAAUCGAGGAGAAUAAUUUGAACAGCACCCUCUGUAGGGUUGAUAUUUGUGCAGAAGAGCUGGGGAAUAACGUGAGACCUGCAGCAAAUUUAUUAGGUGACAUAAAUGCCGUGACUGAGCAGCUUUUAGAACAACUUGUUCUAAUGGAAUGGAAAUAUCCUUCUUAUUCGGAGUGGUGGAAGGGAUUAAGAGAGAAAAUGAAGAGCAAUGAAGAAACAUCCAAGGCAUUGGCAUUACAAAAGUCCCUGCCUAUGAAUUAUUAUACAGUAUUCCAUCAUGUCAGAGAACUGUUACCCAGGGACUGCAUUCUGGUUAGCGAGGGAGCUAAUACUAUGGACAUUGGACGCACUAUGCUUCCAAACUAUCUUCCUCGCCACAGACUCGAUGCUGGUACAUUUGGAACAAUGGGAGUUGGGCUAGGUUUUGCUAUAGCAGCUGCAAUGGUGGCUAAAGAUCAGACACCCGAGCAGCGAGUAAUCUGUGUAGAAGGAGACAGUGCUUUUGGAUUUUCUGGCAUGGAAGUGGAAACUAUUUGCAGGUAUAACUUGCCAGUUGUAAUUAUCAUAGUAAACAACAAUGGGAUAUAUAGUGGUUUGGAUUCAGAUUCCUGGAAGGAGAUGUUAAAGUCUGGAGAACCAACUGCGUGUGCACCCCCUGUUUGUCUCCUGCCAAAUUCUCACUAUGAGCAGAUUAUGUCUGCAUUUGGGGGUAAAGGAUAUUUUGUGAAAACACCAGAGGAACUGCAAAAUGCCCUGAAAGCAAGCCUGGCAGAGAAGCAAGUACCUUCUCUUAUCAAUGUAAUGAUCAACCCACAAUCUGACAGAAAGCAGCAGGAUUUUCACUGGCUGACUCGUUCUAAUAUGUAACAAAAGAUGCAGAGUGUGAUGAUCCUACCCAAUACAUCUGCUUCAGCCAAACCAAAUCAUUUUCCAGGAGUGAAACUGCUAAAACUAUAUUUUAUCAUUAUUUACAUAAGAUUGUAAAAUCCUAGUUUUGUUUCACUUUUUUAAAAAAAAAUCACUCAUAUACUAUUGUAAUAGCAGUAAUCAACACAAGAGACACCUAAAUGUACCUCAGAGUGUCCACUCAAAGGAAAUCGUUCUUUUAUGGCUAUGAACCAGAUCAUAUAGAAACACUUGAAUGAUAAAAUCAUUUUUUUCUUUUUACUAUAAAUGUAACCAAUCAGACUUGUCAAUUAAAUCCUUAGUCCUUGGGGGGCUGGAAGGGGAAAGGGAUUUUAUGUUGUUUACAAAUAGAAAAAAAUCUCAAUCAUAGUCUGUCCUUUGUUUUGGGGUUGUUUUUUUCCCUCUUGACCAACAUGCUGCUUACUAGAGAGCUUGUUUUAUGGACCCCAAAUUUGAAUCUCUUACUCAGGGUUGGAUCCUCCGUGAGAGGUGCUGAAUAUCUUCACUUCCUAUUCCCACAGUCCAUUGGGGUUGACAGUCCUCAGCACCUUUCAGGGUUGGUGCUCAGCCUCUACUCCAGCAAAUUAUCUACUGAUUUCAAUGGGAGUCUUGUCAGAAAAGGACUAAGCCCUUAAUUUCUUGCACUGUAUUUUUCUGUACAGAGAUGCAGACUGUGGAUUGACAGUUUUGUAUCCCGGAAUCACUUUAGAAACUUCUAAAGUGUAUUAAAAAAAUGCCAGAUUUCACUGCAA